AUGCCCAAAAACUUUGUGCUACCCACUUCUCUUGAGCCAUAUAAGGGGAUUGGUGACUCCCGGGCUCAUGUUAAAAAAUUCCAGUCUAUGAUAUUUUUUAACGGCGCUAACAAUGAACCUAUACUCUGUCGAGCUUUUCCUACUUAUCUUGAUGGUGCUGCACUACUUUGGUUUUCUAAACUAUCUGCAGCUUCGAUCUCUUCGUUUGAAGAGUUGGCGAGAUCCUUCAUUGACUACUUUGCAGGUUCAAGGAUAUACGUACACGGGUUAGAUUACCUCGGUACCAUCCGACAAGGACACCACGAAAGCUUAAAGGAAUACAUGACUCGAUUUGCUGAAGUAACCAUGAAAAUACCAGAUCUAGACCCAGCAGUCCACCUGCACGCCCUCAAGGCCGGCCUUCGACCCGGCAAGUUCCGGGAGACAAUCGCAGUGACUAAACCGAAGACGCUGAAGGAAUUCCGAGAAAGAGUAGCUGAACAAAUGGAGAUCGAAGAACUCCAUGAGGCUGAGAGAACAGAAAGAAAACAACCUAGGAAAGAAGAAGACAAGACUAUAAGAUCUCUAAACAAUAAAGAACCAAGGAAGCAGUUCAAGCUCACCCCAAAAUUCGACAACUAUACCAGAUUCAAAACAAAGAGAAAAAAAAUAAUCAAAGAGAUUCUCAAUGUCAAAAUCAUAAAACCUCCAGCCCGAGCAGGAAGUUACCAGGAUCAACGAUUUGUAGACAGAAGCAAACACUGUACUUUUCAUCAGAAGUACGGGCACAUGACAGACGAAUGUGUAAUCGCCAAAGACUUAUUAGAAAGGUUAGCUCGGCAAAGCCUCUUGGACAAAUAUGUCAAAGGAAGAAGAAACAAGGAAAACACUCGAGACCGAGAAGAGCGCCAACGAACCUCGGAGAACAAGGACGACAAUAAAUGGUCCAAUCCUAAUCCACCAAAGGGAAUCAUAAACUACAUAUCCGGAGGAUUCACCGGGAGAGGCGAGACAAACGCGGCACGCAAAUGA